AUGAAGAUCAUUGCUGUCUUUGCGCUUUGCAUGACCCUGUUCUGCCAGGGAUACGGCAACCCCCUGGCCUCCUGUCAGGGUCGCUGUGGUUAUGGAACGGACAGUAAUUUCUCCUGUCAGUGUAACCCAUCCUGUGAACGCUUCAAAGACUGUUGUUCAGACUACGCUGAGUUGUGUAAAGCUGGAUCCACUUCUUGUAAAGGCAGAUGUGGCGAGAACUACAACUCUCAGAACAAGUGCCACUGUAACUCCAAGUGCACCCAGCACAACAACUGCUGCAGUGACUAUGCAGACCUCUGCAAUACUGGAGCCAUGUCUUGUAAAGGCAGAUGUGGUGAGAAUUACAACUCUCAGAACAAGUGCCACUGCAACUCCAAGUGCGCCCAGCACAACAACUGCUGCAGCGACUACGCAGAUCUCUGCAACAGUGAAGGGGGCGGUGGUGGUGGUGGUGGUGCCGUCAUCACUGAUGUUGAGAUCAAGGCUGUCUCUGAAGCACUUUACGCUCUGGACUCAAACAAGGCCUCAGCUUCAGAGCUGAUCAUUGACCCUCAAGCUCUGGUGCCAGACUCUCAGACCAGCUCCCAGACAGAUCUUUCCUCUGUGCCCUUGUUCAGCUACGUGGAUGAGGGGGUUUUGUUCUCCAGGCCCACCUACGCCGCUUUCCUGGCUGUGUUGGACAACUACAACAGGAUGACCGGACAGGCGGAGGACUUCAGUCCCCAGCAGCUGGCUGAGCAGGAAACCUUUGUCAGGGAGACCAUGUCCAACACCGAGCUGGGCAGAGAGCUGUUUGCCUUCCUCUACACCAAGGGUGUUUAUGCAACCGAGGAGGAUUUCAUUUAUGACCUGAAGAUGAUGUGGUUCGGUCUGUACUCACGCAACAACAACAGGAUGGACUCCAGUGGCUUUGAACACAUCUUUGCAGGAGAGGUCAAGGGAGGAAAGGUGUCUGGUUUCCACAACUGGAUCCAGUUUUAUCUUCUUGAGAAGAGUGGACUGCUGAACUACUACAGCCACAGCUUCAACGGGCCUUGGACUAACUACCCCGAUGUUAUGGGAAUGCAGUUCAAAUGGGAUGGCUACUUCAAGCAGGUCGGGUCUGCAAUCAUUGGCUGCAGCCCUGAAUUUGACUUUGCCCUUUACAGCCUCUGCUACAUCACUCGCCCUGGAAAACAGUGUCGUCUGAGCCUGGGAGGACAGGAGCUGAUUAUCCAAACUUACACCUGGGAAAAGACUUUCUAUGGUGAUGGGAAGAAGUUUAUUGGCUCUGCUUUUCCUUCAACUCCCAGAUAAACUAACGAGUAUGGUUUAUGGCCUGCUCUAUGUGAAAAGUGCCAUGUGAUAAGUCCUGUUGUGAUUUGGCGCUAUAUAAAUAAAACUUACAUAACUCGACUUAUGGAGGAGCCUGCUAGUGUGUCAUUACACUCA